CAUUUUAUUUUCACUUGAUUAUCUGGAUACGGUUUUCAAAACUGACGAAGACAUAUAUUCACAUAAUUAACAAUUAUAACUCUCAAUUUAUGGAAUAUAUUCAGGAUAUACAGAAUAAGGUUAAAAAAGUAGAUGAAGAAUUCAUCUAUGCAACAUUAGAAAAACAAAACAGGUCAAUAAUGAAGCUAUAUGAAAUUAUUCUUUUCUGUUUUUCAGAAUCCAGCUGAGAUCAUGCUGCCACAAACAGCACUUUUGCUGCUAAUGUCCUUGAACUUGGUUCAUGGAGUGUUUUACACUGAGCGAUACCAAACACCUACAGGCAUAAAAGGCCCACCAUCCAACACCAAGACACAGUUCUUCAUCCCGUAUGCCAUAAAGGGUAAAGGUGUGUCACUAAGAGGAGAGCAAGGCAUCCCCGGUCCACCAGGCCCCGCUGGACCUCGAGGGCACCCAGGCCCGUCAGGACCACCAGGAAAGCCUGGCACUGGAAGCCCUGGGCCCCAGGGACAGCCAGGGUUGCCAGGACCACCGGGACUGUCAGCCACUGGGAAGCCAGGUGUGCCAGGACUCCCAGGAAAACAAGGGGAGAGAGGACUAAAUGGACCAAAAGGAGAUAUUGGACCAGCUGGUUUACCAGGACCACGGGGCCCACCAGGGCCACCCGGAAUCCCCGGCCCAGCUGGAAUUUCUGUUCCAGGAAAACCUGGGCCACAAGGACCUACAGGAGAACCAGGUCCCAGGGGCUUUCCUGGAGAAAAGGGUACGCCAGGGGUCCCUGGACUGAAUGGACAGAAAGGGGAAAUGGGGUAUUGUACUCCUUGCCGCCCAGGUGAGAGGGGCCUCCCAGGUCCUCAGGGUCCCACGGGACCACCUGGUCCUCCUGGAGUGGGGAAAAGAGGUGAAAAUGGGUUACCAGGACAGCCAGGCCUCAAAGGUGAUCAGGGUGUUCCAGGGGAAAGGGGACCAGCUGGCCCACCAGGCCCCCAAGGCCCUCCUGGGGAACAAGGACCAGAAGGCAUUGGAAAGCCAGGAGCCCCUGGAACUCCAGGCCAGCCAGGGAUCCCAGGGAUGAAAGGUCACCCAGGGGCUCCAGGAACAGCUGGGCUCCCGGGGGCUCCCGGCUUUGGGAAACCAGGCUUGCCAGGCCUGAAGGGACAAAGGGGACCCGUGGGUCUUCCAGGGAGUCCAGGUGCCAAAGGGGAACAAGGCCCAGCAGGUCAUCCUGGGGAAGCAGGUCUGCCCGGACCCUCAGGGAAUAUGGGACCCCAAGGACCAAAAGGCAUUCCAGGCAACCCCGGGCUCCCAGGCCCUAAAGGUGAGAUGGGGCCAGUGGGGCCUGCAGGAAACCCUGGGGCGAAGGGAGAAAGGGGCUCCUCUGGCUUAGAUGGAAAACCAGGGUACCCAGGAGAACCAGGUCUCAAUGGUCCCAAGGGUAACCCAGGGUUGCCAGGCCCAAAAGGUGACCCUGGAAUUGCAGGAUCCCCUGGUCUCCCAGGCCCCGUGGGUCCAGCAGGAGCUAAGGGAGUGCCUGGACACAAUGGCGAGGCUGGGCCCAGAGGUGUCCCUGGAAUACCAGGUACUAGAGGUCCCAUUGGGCCACCAGGCAUUCCAGGAUUCCCUGGAUCCAAAGGCGAUGCGGGAACUCCAGGGCCUCCUGGCCCAGCUGGCAUAGCAGUCAAGGGCCUCAAUGGACCUACUGGGCCACCAGGGCCUCCAGGGCCAAGAGGCAAUGCUGGGGAGCCUGGCCUCCCAGGGCCCCCAGGGCCCCCAGGCCCUCCAGGCCAAGCAGCCCUGCCCGAGGACUUUGUAAAGGCAGGCCAAAGGCUGUUCGUUAGUGCCAAUCAGGGAGUAACAGGAAUGCCUGUGUCUGCUUUCACUGUUAUCCUCUCCAAAGCUUACCCAGCUAUAGGUACUCCUAUCCCAUUCGAUAAGAUUUUAUAUAACAAGCAACAGCAUUACGACCCAAGAACUGGAAUCUUCACCUGUAAGAUUCCAGGGAUAUAUUACUUCUCUUACCACAUACAUGUGAAAGGGACCCAUGCUUGGGUAGGUCUGUAUAAGAACGGCACCCCUGUAAUGUACACCUAUGAUGAGUACAUCAAGGGCUACCUGGAUCAGGCUUCAGGGAGCGCCGUGAUCGACCUCACCGAGAACGACCAGGUAUGGCUCCAGCUGCCCAAUGCAGGCUCGAACGGGCUGUACUCCUCUGAGUACGUCCACUCCUCUUUCUCAGGAUUCUUGGUGGCUCCAAUGUGAGCAUAUUCUCACCAAGCUAACACAAAUCUGCUUGAAAAGGCAUUCCCCAA